AUGGCAUCUCCAAUCGGUUGCCCUUUACUAGUGACUAUUCCAGUAGAUAAUAAUUUGGUUGAACAGGCGUAUCGUAUGCUUGAAAGCAAAUACAUUCAUCGUCAACAAGAUGAUUUCAAUGUUGUUACAAGCACGAUCAAACAUUCGGAUAUGGAUAAGUACAUUGAAACUUUACUUGAACAAUACAAAAACGCUAACGAAGAAGUUAAGAAUUACAUUCGGCGAUUAAAACUUAUCUCAGAAGGGACAAACAUGGCGAAAGCUUUGGUCACUGGUACUAAAACUCACAUAUCUGUUUCUGUUUUUGUUACAAGCCGAAGAAAAACAAAUACAAGCGAUGAUCACAAGAUUUUGAUUGCUUCAAUGGAAAAAACAUUUGAAGUACGUCCAAAUGUUCCAUUUGCAGCGUCCCGGGCUCUCAUAUAUGCAAUACCAUUUAUUCCUCUCGCAGCAAUUCUUUUUCCUUUCGGUGUCUGGUACGACUUGUUCAACAUUGGGGACGACAAAAAAACUCAGGAAAUUUUAGCAAAAUUGAACGAUGAAGAAAAUAAGAAAUGUUUGGAAGCAAUGGCUUUUCAUAUUCUCGGCAAAAAGAUUCAAUCACACAUAGGCGAAUGUGUUCAAGUGCGUUUUGUUCAAAGCUGA